UAUAGGCUGUGACAUAGCCAUGUCACCAGCGCGCCAUGUCACCGCAGCGACGCGCCCUGAACGGAAUCCGGCCACACCGCGGCGCGGGGCGCGACGGAGGGGAACACCGACCGCACCUAUAUAACCGCGUGCAGCGCGCAUUCGGCCCUUUUCCCGUCCCCGCCGCUUCACGGCAACACUCCUCUCCUUUAGUCGCGGCCGGGGUGAGUUCGUGCGCCUAGGCCAGGCUAUCCUCCCCCCACAGGCUGGAGCGGCCACCGCCCGCCAGUGGUAACCCGUCACCAGCUUGGAGCGGACACCGCCCGCCAGUGACUUCCUAACCUUUCCGUAUGUAAGGCCCGGAGCGGACACCGCCGGCCGACAUAAUCCCCGCCCAUCGUCACCAGCUUGGAGCGGACACCGCCCGCCAGUGACUUCCUAACCUUUCCGUAUGUAAGGCCCGGAGCGGACACCGCCGGCCGACAUAAUCCCCGCCCUUCGUCACCAGCUUGGAGCGGUCACCGCCCGCCAGUGACUUCCUAACCUUUCUGUAUGUAGGCCCGGAGCGGACACCGCCGGCCGACGUACUUCCUGCCCAUCGUCACCAGCUUGGAGCGGUCACCGCCCGCCAGUGACUCCCUGACCUUCCCAUAAACUCGAUCCGUCAACCUAGCCCGGUUCUAGGUCCGCGCCGCGCGAGCUAGGCAAUCCGCGUCUCUAGCCGCUAUUGAAUAAUCCCGACCGGCGGGCAUAUUUAGAUAUAAGUACUAGGAUAAGUGUUUGCAAUAAACGGCAUAAAGCCCCGUCUAUAAUACCUUUCUUUGAGAGUUUGUAUUCAACCCCUUUCUCCCAAAUCUGAGACUAGCUCGGUGAACCUCCCCAGCCCUUAAGGCCAGGAGGAUAUGUGACUCCUGCUCAAGCAGCACAUCACAUUUGGCGCCCAACCGAAUAACUCAUAAUUAGGAGUCUUAUAGACUCGGGAGAAAGGUAAAUUAUAAUAAACGCGACGCGUCCCGCCCACCCGCGUAGGAUCAAAGUCGCAUCCGGCCUAGCAAAUCAUAAUAAUUCCGUACCGUAUCCUAAUAUUACAGUUGUUAUAACUCCGUACCGUAUCCCGUCUUUGAACUCAGUAUAAUACACUAGCAAAUCGUAAUAAUUCCGUACCGUAUCUUAAUAUUAUAAUUGUUAUAACACCGUACCGUAUCCCGUCAUUGAACUCAUUAUAAUACCGUACCGCCGCAAGCUACGACCCAACGCAUCGCGAUAUAGCAACGGCGUAGCCAACUGCAUAUAAAUGCCAACUUCUUGGAUAUAUCACUUAAAAAAACCAGAAUUAAUACAACAAGCCGAAAGUAGGAAUAUCCAAACAACAGACCUCACAUUCGAACAGAUAAGGAAACUGCUCGUAGAAUCCAUAAAAUCCACAGAAGACUUUCAAACUCCAGAGAAAGAACGACCUGCGAAGAUGUCGGAGGACGAAGGAAAAGUCGAUGCGAAUCGCUUAACAAAGCUAAUCCGAGAAUGGAGUGUAUCAUUCAAAGGAUAUGGUAAACCCGAGGAGUUCUUGGAGAGGCUACAAGAGCUCAUCACGGCAAGCGGAAUAGAAAAGGAAGAUAUAUUACCUGCGCUCCCGCGUAUCCUACAGGGAAAAGCCCUAGCAUGGUAUAGAAACAAUGUAGAGUCAUUCAAGGACUGGGACAGUUUCCUAAGUCUAUUUAAACUAUACUACUAUCCGAGUAACUACGAAGAAGACUUAAUCGUCAAAAUAGCAGCCAGGAAGCAGAGGUUCGGGGAAAGUUUCGUCGACUACGUAACCGACCUGCAAACGCUCAUGCGAAGAUAUGGAAACCUAACCGAAAAAGAAAAACUACAUAGAAUACACGAGAAUAUGUCAAAAAACUACAAACUUUACAUAAAGAAAACCGAUUUCAAAGACUUAACCGAUCUAGUAAAACUCGCAGCGGAUUACGAGAGCAUACUAACACCCGUGUACAGUUGGAGACAAGUGACACAGGGAACCGAAGAGCUACCAGAAGGGUGCUCGUACCAUGAACAAGGUGACGAGAUACUAGAAACUUCACAACAAUGCACCUCAGCACGCGAUCGCCAGCAUUGGCAACAAGGCAGCGGAGCGGGGCAAGGCGCAAGUGAAAGAACGAAGAUACAUCCGAAUUACGAUCCAAAGAUAUGUUGCUGGUCGUGUGGGAGACCAGGCCAUGACACAGCACAGUGUCGCUCGAGGCAACGUAUAUUUUGUAGCACAUGUGGCACACUAGGCAUACUCAGCAAGAACUGUUGCAAACGGAACAAUGGAAGGGCCAGAUCGCAACCGGUAGGCGCAGCAGGCGACCAGAACAACGACGAUAAUAGACCAUUCAUCCAUGUACCCAUCAACGGGAUAACAUACAGGUGCCUAAUAGACACAGGAUCGACACACACGUAUGUGAACGAGGAGGUAUACAAAGAAUGUAAGAAAAAGGGAAAUCCAGAAAGGAAAGUGCAACACAAAAUAAUCCUAGCAAACGGCGCGAAAACCACCGUAUGGACAGCCGUACGAGCAGAAAUAAAAGUAAAACAGGUUAGAACUGAGCAUUGGGUACGCGUACUCCCCAUGGCGUCGACCGUCAUUAUAGGCAUGGACUUACUAAGCAAGAUAGGCGUAAAAAUUACGUUUCCUGACGCCCAGGAGGACAAGAGCGACCACCGCGACGAGACGCAAGUAUCAGUUCCAGACCAAGGUUCAACGCAUCCAGACACAAGUAAUGCGGACCUCCAAACAGUAACCGACCGUUCAAGCAAACUACCACAAACUCCGACAAGCACCGAGAAACUACAACUAGAAGAACUACGGAAAACCGAAUCCGCAAAGUGUAAUAACAGCCCCAAGGGGAACACAGAGGUCCAACAAACAAACAAUAUAAAGCACAACAAACCGGUCAAGCACAAAUAUUACCCUGGAAACCCUAAACAACAACUAAUUAAAAGUCAACACGUCAAGGACAGGCGGCCGCAAAACAUCAUAAACAAAUCGAGUAACCCUUGCAACCAGAUAGCAGAUGAACCGUCAAAGAACCCAGUAUAUGCUUCGCGCACGCAAGCAUGGUACGAGAGAAAAUUGGACCAGGUACAAAAAGAAGCAAACACAUCACAAGAAUACCGCGCGGAAGGACGACAGUUAUACAAAAAGAUAACCAAUUCAAGAUACAACACACGUACAGACCCAGACACAGACUGGAAGUUGUGUGUACCGGAAUCCGAGAGGUUACAAGUGGUAAAGCAACAUCAUAACACACCGAGGGCAGGACACCCAGGGAUAACGAAAACUACUAAAAAAAUAAUGCAACGAUAUUACUGGCCCGGUAUGCAACGAGACAUAUACACAUAUGUAAGAAAGUGUAACGCCUGCCAAAAACAAAAAGCAACGCAACAGAAGACGAGUGGAACCAUGAACGGACCAAUAUCGUGCACAAUACCAACUCGUACUAAAAACCGACCCGCGCCAAUGAUAUGCUGGCGACAUACAGAACAAACCGUGCCGUGGUACAAUAUAAAUAAGACACAAAUCGCAACGAAUUAUUUUAAACAAAUCUAAUAGUCUUUAAAAAAUUGUAUAUUUAUAAGAAAAAAAGAAAAAAAUAAAUUUACGAAAGACAAAAGAAAAAUAUAUAGAAUAACAAAAAUACACCGCAAACCAUUACCAGAAAAUAUAUAUAAAAUAAAAGGAAUAAAAAAAAUACACAUAUAUUACAAAGAAAAAAAAAGUUAAUUAAAAAAAGAGAGGAAAAAUUAACAUGCUAAAAAAAAUACAAAAUAAAAUGAAGUGAUUACUAAAUAUCUAUUUAAGUAACUAAUUUAAUCGGUGAUUUUUCCCAGGUAAAAAUCCCCAAACCAGGGAGGGGUAUGUGACAUAGCCAUGUCACCAGCGCGCCAUGUCACCGCAGCGACGCGCCCUGAACGGAAUCCGGCCACACCGCGGCGCGGGGCGCGACGGAGGGGAACACCGACCGCACCUAUAUAACCGCGUGCAGCGCGCAUUCGGCCCUUUUCCCGUCCCCGCCGCUUCACGGCAACACUCCUCUCCUUUAGUCGCGGCCGGGGUGAGUUCGUGCGCCUAGGCCAGGCUAUCCUCCCCCCACAGGCUGGAGCGGCCACCGCCCGCCAGUGGUAACCCGUCACCAGCUUGGAGCGGACACCGCCCGCCAGUGACUUCCUAACCUUUCCGUAUGUAAGGCCCGGAGCGGACACCGCCGGCCGACAUAAUCCCCGCCCAUCGUCACCAGCUUGGAGCGGACACCGCCCGCCAGUGACUUCCUAACCUUUCCGUAUGUAAGGCCCGGAGCGG